CACAUUCAGAGAAAUAUUACAGUCUCAUCUGUGAACGUUAGCUUGUCGUCACACAACUCUGAGAUUACAAGUUUGCCUGCAUAACUAAAAUUGCUAAAGCAAUGGGAGAUUUACGGAUUGUGCUGUUGGGUAAAACUGGAUCAGGAAAGAGUGCUGCAGGAAAUACUAUUCUGGGUAAAGAGGAAUUUGUAGCAAAAUUUUCUUCAAAAUCUGUGACCAGUAACUGCCAAGCAUUUGAUGGCGAGGUAAAUGGCCAAAAAGUCAGAGUGAUAGACACACCAGGACUCUGGGAUACAGAAACAAAUGCAGACCAGAAUAAAAGUCAAAUAGAGAAGUUAUUCAAUGAUUCUGGUGAUGGUCUUGUGAUUCUGCUGGUGAUCAGAUUGGGUGUCAGACUCACACAAGAAGAGCUGAACACUAUCAAGUGGAUCAAGGAGAACUUUGGAAAGGAAGUCACAAAAUACACCAUUGUGCUCUUCACGCAUGGAGAUGAACUACCACAAACUGUGAAAAUAGAAGAUUAUAUUAAUGAGGACAAAAAUUUAAAGGCACUGGUUGAACAGUGUACGAGACGGUAUCACGUUUUUCAUAACAAUAUCAGACAUCCACAUCAGGUGACUGAGCUUCUGGGAAAGAUAAAUGAAUUGAAGAAAAAGCAGGAGCAAGGUUAUAAUAAGCAGCACUAUGAUGAUGCUCAGGAAAAACUUGCUCGCAAAAAAGGUCUUAUUGGUGCCUCAAUAGGAGGAGCAGGGGGAGCAGUAGGAGGUGGAGUAGUGGGAGGGGUAGCAGCUAAGACGGGUGCUGUUGCUGCUACCGUAGCAAUUGGAGCAGCAGGAGGUGCAGCAGUAGGAGCAGUGAUUAUUGGUGGAGGAGCAUAUUUACUGGCAAAACGUUGCUCUGAAAAGAACAAUAAAAAGCAAAAGUAAAAUGUUAAAAAUGUAUCAAAUGUUUUUGUUCCAGUCCAUCAUUGACUGUAUCAAGGAAAAAUAAUUGAUCUAGCAUUUAAAAUACAGACCCAGACAGCAAGCUACUGUAAUGGGUACAAACCAUUGAAUCAAUGUUAAAAAUGUGUUGAUUUGUCAAUGUUAAUUGCAUUGAAGUAAUAUCACUUUUUCACCUGCUAGUAAUGUUGAACAAAAGUUGACAUUUCAUCAAACCACCAUUACUGUGAUCAGAGUUUGAUUUAGUUGAGCUCUUGACUCUUGACUUUCGCAUUUAGUUAAUUUUCUUUCAGUGCUUACAAUGUUGUUUAAUAAAAACUCUUAUUAUGUAAUCAUUAUAUAAUGAUGAAGCCUAAUAAACGAGAUUUUUUAUUCAUAUAAAUUUGAGAUUGUUUGCUUCGAUAAUGUUAGCUGUGGUAGACAAAAAACUAUUUGCAUUAAAUAAACAAGAGUUUAAGCUUUUUGAGACUGGACUUAAAAAUGGCUACUGUUGGUGAACAUCUGAUGUCUUCUACUCUCUAAGAAAAAAUGGUGCUAAAUAGCGCUAAAAGUGGUUCUUUGGCUCGUAAUCAUAGGGAAACCGUUUUUAGGGAUAUAUAGCACCUAUUUUUAAGGUGCUAUACAGCACCUUCAUCAAAUGGUGCUUUGUAGAACCCUAAGAGGUACCAUGUAGCACUUUAUUGCUUUAGAAAAAAUGGUGCUCAAUACCCAGCAAGCAAAAAUGUGUUCCUUAGACGUUCAUUAGACGUUUCUUAGACCACUCCAGUCCACGUGUCUUCCCACCCUGUAUGUUUUGGAUGUCUCCCUAAAUAAGACAUGAACAAGUUAAUGAGUUAAAUCAGGUUGAGUUGAGGAAUCAAUCAUCACUUCAUUAUCUCAUGAAUGAUGAACACCUGCUGAUAACAAACACAAUCACUGAAAUAAACCCUGAACAAUAAGAAGUCACCCUAAUAGUGUUUAGUGUUUCCUUUAGUUGGGCUCUUAUCCUAGAUUUUAUCUUCUAUUU